ACGAUUGAAUUGGGGAAAGAAAUUGCUCCUUGGUGUAAAGUGGUACGAACCCUAGAUUCCUUUUGGAAGGAAAUCGGAGAAAUUGAAGUUCUGAAGUCAUGGCGUCCCGUCGUCGUAUGCUUCUCAAAGUCAUAAUCCUUGGCGACAGCGGGGUUGGAAAGACAUCUCUCAUGAAUCAAUAUGUUAAUAGGAAGUUCAGUAAUCAGUACAAAGCUACUAUUGGAGCUGAUUUCUUAACUAAAGAAGUACAAUUUGAGGAUAGACUUUUCACAUUGCAGAUAUGGGACACGGCUGGACAGGAAAGAUUUCAAAGCCUUGGCGUGGCAUUUUAUCGUGGUGCAGAUUGUUGUGUCCUUGUGCAUGACGUCAAUGUCAUGAAGUCAUUUGAUAGCCUUAACAAUUGGAGGGAGGAGUUUCUGAUUCAGGCUGGUCCUGCUGAUCCAGAAAACUUUCCGUUUGUUGUACUGGGGAACAAGAUAGAUGUUGAUGGGGGCAAUAGCCGAGUGGUGUCGGAGAAGAAAGCAAGAGCAUGGUGUGCUUCAAAAGGAAAUAUUCCUUACUUUGAAACCUCUGCGAAAGAAGGGUUGAAUGUUGAAGCUGCUUUCGAGUGCAUAGCCAAAAAUGCUCUAAAAAACGAACCCGAGGAAGAAAUCUACGUUCCGGAUACCAUUGAUGUGGCGAAUGCACGACAACAGAAAUCUUCGGGCUGUGAAUGUUAAAAGCUUGUUUCAGUUGGUUGAUGUUCAUUUCAAGGUAUAUCGAUGCAACUUCUAUUUAUAUUUCAAAGUGUUCAUUAAUUUCAUGAAUCAUACAUACAAUUAUUUGAUUAAUUUGGUUUAUGUGUAAUUUCUUAUGAAGUCCUUUUCAUAAUCUCCUUACGAUUCGAUACGUAGAUCUUCUAUGGGUGUUUAUAAAAUGACCUUCUCCAUGUC